AUGAUUCCAAGCGCCAUCAUGCAGAAGGAAGAAGAACCGGGAAGAAACCCCAAGACGGCCAGGAAAGAGAACGCGUUCUUGAAAUUGCUCAUCUACGGGAUCGCUCUGACCCUCACGGUCAGCCAGGCCCUGACGUACCUGCAGCGGUACCGGGACGUCCCGACGAAAAUCACUUAUCGAGUCGAGGAGAGGGAAGAAUUCGUUGCUCCGAAAAUCACCGUCUGCCGGUUUCCCGCCUGGAACGUCGCCGAACCGCCUCCGGAUUGGCAGAACGAGACGGUGUCGUCCUUCUUCCGGAAAUACAGCAGCCUCGCGUUUCACUUCUACACUCGCGGCAAGGUGAACGGGAAAUUCUGCUUGACGCCCGAGAAAGUGGACCUCGUCAAUAUCAGCUCCGUCGUCGACCGCCCUUGCGGAACGUGGACCCAGACGUUCCAGUACCACAAAGGCGACCUACUCGACCUCCGUCGCUGCUUCACCCUCCACCCAAAAACCCAACUGGGAAUCCAGCACUCGGAAAGCGGCUUCUACUUCGUCCUCGCACCCGACGGCUCGAAGACGACCGCCGCCCGCGGAACGAAGGCCCCCUGGGAGAUCUCCAUCCACAACGACCCCGACUGGGCAUCGGACCUGGAAGGGACCUCCACCGCAUUCAAGGUCCACCACGCGACCGCCAACACCAUUCAUCUCUCCGCGAGGGAAAUGCUGUACAAGUCCACACCGGCUCGUCCUUGCGAAGCGGAUCCGUCCUACAGUCGAGACCGGUGCCGGAGCGACUGCGCGGCGAGGGCCCUGUCGACGGACGCGACCUGUCGGCUGAACUGGAUGAACCUGUCCCUGCCACUCUGCGAGAGGAUGAAGGACCUGAGAGACCUGAUCGUCGGCUACGACGAGAAGACCCGACGGAACGGCGAUUCCAACUGCAGCUGCCCGCCGCCCUGCAGGAGGGUCCGGUACACGGUCGCGGUCGCGCCGAAGGAAUUCAGAUGCGAAUCCGGUCCCUCCCUUAUGACCGUCCUCAAGAUCUACUUUCCUCGGAGGCAAGUGGAGGUCCUGGUGGAAAAGGAGGCCUACGAUUCGACCCAGAUGGUCGGGGAAUUGGGCGGCUGCGUCGGACUUUUUCUCGGCUUCUCUCUCGUCUCCGUCUACGAGAUCGUCGCCGGAUUCUUCUCUCGGAGAGAAGGGAAAAAUCCUCUUUCUGCCGAAUGA